GGAAAUUAGAAAACAUCACCAGACGCAUGGAAAUCUAAAUGAGUCCAUGUCAAGAUGAGUAACAUUUACAUUCAGGAACCUCCAACCAAUGGGAAGGUUCUCUUGUUGACCACUGUCGGGGAUAUAGAUAUAGAGUUGUGGGCUAAGGAGGCUCCUAAGGCAUGUCGCAACUUUCUCCAGCUGUGUAUGGAAGGAUACUACGAUGGGACAAUAUUUCACAGGGUAGUUAAGGACUUCAUUGUGCAGGGAGGUGACCCAACUGGUACAGGUGAAGGAGGAGAAUCUGUUUAUGGAUAUCCUUUUAAGGAUGAGUUUCAUUCAAGACUGCGAUUUGUUCGGAGGGGGCUUGUUGCCAUGGCAAAUGCUGGAGCUAAUGAUAAUGGCAGUCAGUUCUUCUUCACUCUGGCCGCUGCCCCAGAACUUAACAACAAGCACACCAUAUUUGGAAAGGUGGUUGGUAACACAGUGUACAACAUGCUGAAGCUGGCAGACUGCGAGAUAGGGGCUGAUGACAGACCAGUGUUUCCCUGUAAGAUCAACAAGACUCAGAUUUUAUCCAAUCCUUUCGAUGAUAUCAUCCCACGAGAAAACAGAAGAAGUAAAAAAGAUGACAAAGAAGAAAGGAAAUCCAAAAGCAAGUCUAAGGCAACUAAGAAUUUCAGCUUGCUGUCAUUUGGAGAGGAAGCUGAGGAAGAUGAAGAGGAAGUUAAUAAAGUUACCAAGGAUAUCCGCGUGAAAAGCAAGAGCAGCCAUGACCUAGCAGAUGACCCCAAGCUGAGCUCCAUACCAGCGGUGGAGAAGAAUGAGGGAGAGGCUGUAAAGAGACGGGCUUCAGAGUCUGAGGAGGAGGAGGAUGGUGAGACAGAGACAGCUGAAGAGAAGAGUAAAAUUCUAAGUGGUAUCAGGAAAAAAAUGAAGAAAAACCCUGAGGAGAGAAAUACAAACGACAACAAGAAAGACUUAUUGAAGAUGGAAGAGGAUGUUGAACCAGCAAAGCUGAAUAAGCGUGAAGAGCUCCGCUUGGAGGCUAAAAAGCUGAAGAAAGAGAUCAGAGAUUCCAGGAAGAAGACAGAGCCGUCUGUGAAGGAAGAAAUGACAGAAGAGGAAAAGAAAGAAGAUCUACCCAUCAAUGAUGCCAUAGCAGCUUAUCGACAAGAAAGACAGAAGUAUAAAAACUUGAGAAAGGAACAGAAAAAGAAAGGAUCAGCGCGGGAAGAUGUCACAUUGUCGUUGUUAAAGAAAUUCCAGAGUAAACUGGACUCGGCGCGUAUUGUGGCGUCUGGCUAUUCUGAUGAUGAGGCAGAAAAUAAAGACGUCAAAGACGAGACGGAUGAAGAUGAUGAUGACAAUGAUAUGUCUUGGAUGAGCCACAAACUUAAAUUUGAUGAGAAGAUGAACAAAGUACUUGAUGCUAAUGUCACUGAUGUGGACAGGUAUGAGAUAUUUGAUCCUAGAAACCCCAUGACCAAGAGGAGGAGAGAGGCGAGUAAACCCAGCAGGAGGGAGAAGAGGUGAUGUCAGUGGUCACAUGAUUGGUCAUGUGAUUGUGAAGUAUCAGUGUCAUGCUGUUGCGGGCAGACUUGGUAUCCACAGUUCAUCAGUCACAGAACCGGAGAAGUGCCCAGUCAGCACCGUUGUUUUGAAUUCUGCUGCUGAUACCUGGGGCUGAUUCCACAAAGCCCUUUUUUGACUUAAGCUAAAAUUUAAAAAUUUGCAUACAUUUGUCUUAUGAUAACA